GAUAUCCGGGGCUGCCGGCCGGGUUCCCCAGCUACGGCAUGCCGGGGCUGCUGGGCCUGCCCAGCCUGCCGGGCCUCCCAGGUGCACCGCCGUGGGGCGCGCUGUACCCAGGGGUCGCCGGGGGCUGCCCGCUGCCUCCUCCGGGAAUGCUGGGGCACCGCCCGCCGGAGCACGGCGCGUACGAGCCCUCCGCGGCCUCCCAGCCGUACGGCGGCGCCCACGGCCCCCAGCACGCCCACAG